AUGGCGUCCGAGGCCGCGCAGAAGGCCGAGCACGAGAUCAAGUCGCGCGUCUGGGUCGGGGGGCUGCCGGAGAAGGUCACGGAGGCCGAGGUCCGCGCGAAGUUCGAGCGCUACGGGCAGAUCGCGUGGGUGCGGAUCAGAAACUCGGCCAGGGACGUGUACGCCUUUAUCCAGUUCAGGGAGGCCAAGGAAGCUCGCCUGGCCGUGUAUGAGAUGGACCAGAGCUCGGACUUCGGCACGGGCAAGGGCGGCGUCAUGAAAGUCUCCAUGGCGAAGCCGACGGAGGCGGAGGCCCAGAUCAUGAAGAUCGCGGGCCGUUGGAGCGAGAGCCCGCGGAGGAUAAAGAGCAAGGCGUCGCGGACCAGGCAGCGCUGUCGAAGCCCCUCCUGCAGCCGCAGCCGCAGUCGCUCCAGAAGCGGGAGCGAGUCGCGGCGUAGCAGCUCCUGGAAGGAGGGGCUCAGCGUCUCGCCCAGACGAGCUGACGGUGGCCGAGCCCAGCCAGGUGCCAGGGACUGGAGAGACUCCACCAAAGGGCGCAGGUCGAACGGCCAAGACUGGCGCCCAGGCAAGGGCGAUAGAGAAGGGCGCGGAAAGGCCGCCGCGCCGGCGCGGGAUUGCUCCCGUUCGCUGCCGCGGAUGCCCAGAAGGGAGGCGGGGAAGCCCCGGGCGCCCGUCAGAGAGAGCGGAAAAGGCGGCGAAGGCAAGGGCAAGCAGAGGGAGCACAGGGGCAAGAAGGCGCUCCGGGUGCGAGUCGAGAACAUGCCUCCAGACUUCACCGACCAGGAGCUGCGGGACCUUGGCUCGGGCUUCGGGAGGCUCGUGCACGCGAGGAUUUGGUCCUACCAGGGGCGCACCUUCGCCAACCUCAUGUACGAUGACCCCGAAGAGGCCAUGAAGGCCUUUUGCGGCCUGCACGACCGCAAGGUGGACGGAUGGUCGGAGGCGCUGAAGGUGCAGAUACCGUGCCCACACUGCGAUGCAAUGAUGCUGGAGUAA